AUGUCGAAUGUGGAAAACGUGUGCCCGCAGGUGCUGCGUGGCGUGGCGCGCGAAUUACGGCGCCUGGCUGCCAACCCACCUUCUGGCAUCAAGCUGCUGCUGCGUGACGACGACCUCACCGACGUUGUUGCACUCAUCGACGGACCCGCAGAGACACCUUACGCUGGCGGCGUAUUCAGGGUGCGGCUGGUCUUAGGCAGAGAGUUCCCUACAGUGCCUCCACGCGCGUACUUCCUCACGCGUGUCUUCCACCCUAACGUAUCAUCUGCUGGUGAGGUAUGUGUGAACACACUGAAGCGCGACUGGCGUCCUGAAUUAGGGCUCGAGCACGCACUACUCGCAGUCAAAUGCCUACUGAUCGCGCCCAACCCUGAUUCAGCGCUGAAUGCUGACGCGGCAGCGUUACUCCGCGAUAGGUACGACGAUUACUUCGCUCGAGCAAAGCUCUAUACCGACAUUCACGCGCGUCCAGACGCGGCCUCCGGCCUAGCGCAUGCCUCUGCGGCAAACGAACCUUCUGACGCUGCCCCCCGAGCGAAGCGUGAGCGCCGAGCCCAACCACCUCUCGCCAAAGACAAGAGACGCAUCCUCAAAAGAUUAUGA